AUGUCCGACAGCAUUGAAUGGACGCCCGAUGACCUGCGGUUCAUGCGAGCCGCGCUGCAGCAGGCCGCCAACGCCCUUGGGGAGAACGAGGUGCCGGUGGGGUGCGUGGUGGUGCGGGAUGGCGCCGUGGUGGCAGCCGGCAGCAACAAGACAAAUGAGACACGCAACGGCACGCGGCACGCCGAGUUUGUGGCGGUCGAUGCCCUGCUGCAGCAGGCCGGCGGCGACGCGGCGGCGGCGCGCUUCCCAGAGUGCCACCUGUACGUUACAUGCGAGCCAUGCAUCAUGUGUGCUGGCGCGCUGAGCCUGCUGCGCUUUGCAUCCGUCACCUACGGCUGCCCCAACGACAAGUUUGGCGGCAACGGCAGCAUCCUCAGCGUGCACGCCACAGCCUGCGGCAGCUGCAGCGGCGGCGGCGGCGGCGGCGCCGUGGAAGCACAGCAGCAGGGGCGAGAGGAGCAGCAGCAGCAAGGGCACCAGCAGCAGGAGGAGGAGCAGCAGCGAGAGCAGAUGGGGCAGCAGCAGCAGGCGGGCAGCCGGGAUGCCAGCGAUGCGAGGAGCAGCGCCUGCCUGCCACUAGGCGCCAUGCGGCAGCCUGGCAGCACCUAUCCCAGCUGGGGCGGCCUGUUGGCGGCAGAGGCGGUGGGCUUGCUGCAGCGGUUUUAUGCGGCAGGCAACCCCAACGCCCCGGUGCCGCACCGUCCGGUGCAGGAGCGGCCUGUGGCGCCUGCAGAAACGAUGCAGCUGGGAUGA